GAUCUCGAAGGGCUUGCUUCACCUCAGUCAAGCUCCAGCGCUCCAGCCGGCAGCAGCAUCGAGCUAACAAGUCUUUGUGAGGAGAGAGAGAGAGAGAGAGAGAGGGAGAAAGAGGAAGAGGGGGUGCAGAGCAGGAGAGAAUCAGACAGUGCGAGCAUAGGAUGAGGGUGCAGAGGGAGAACGCAUAAGAUAGUGACAGAGGCAGAGAUGUUCAGUGUUGCACAAUAGUGCCAGAGGCUGCUGGAAAAAGAGAGAAAGAGAGAGAGAGAGAGAGAAGGAGAGAGAGAGAGAGAGAGAGAGAGAGAGAGAAAGCAGGCAUCAUGGCAGCGCUCACUGCAUCAUCACGACACAUGGGGAUGUUUGGCUGCUGCUGGUGAGCACUGUGUGAUGCAGAGGAGAGAGUCGAGGACUUCCUGGAAACCAAAGGCGAGCCGAGGAAAACAGGUGCGACCAGUGGGAGGAGCAACAUGAUGAGUGGGAUCCUGAAGAGGAAGCUUGAGGAGGGCCCGUCCCCUUAUCUGUCACUGCAGGGGUCUGAUGAUGAGGUCUCCUGCAGCGACAGCGGCAACAGCAGUGAUAGUCUCAACCAUCCCGUCCCGUCUGGGCUGUUGGACACCACUCUCCAGCAGCAGUCAAAGCGACUGCGGGGCCGCAAUGUGCACUUUGAGAGCGUGACGGUCUACUACUUCAACCGUCGGCAGGGCUUCACCAGCGUGCCCACGCAGGGUGGCAGCACGUUGGGGAUGUCACCGCGUCACAGCGGGGUGAAGCGCUUCACCCUCAGGGAGUUUGCCAUGGAGCAGAAACGGAGCCACCGGGUCAUGCUUAGGGAUCAUCUCAAAGAGGAGAAACUCAAUGCCAUCAAACUCAAACUGACUAAGAAUGGCACCGUGUCAUCCGUGGAGGCGGACACCCUCACGCUGGAUGACAUCUCUGAAGAUGACCUGGAUGUGGACAACACAGAGGUGGACGAUUACUUCUUCCUCCAGCCGCUGACUACCCGGAGGCGCCGGACCCUUCUCCGAGCCUCGGGGGUCCGACGCAUCGACGUGGAGGAGAAGCACGAUCUGCGUUCCCUGCGCAUGUCCCGAGAGGAGUGUGGGUGCCGCUGCCGGGGGAUAUGCGACCCGGAGACCUGUGCUUGCAGCCUGGCCGGCAUUAAGUGCCAGGUAAAUGGAACUGUGGUGGACCGAAUGUCCUUCCCUUGCGGCUGCACCAAAGACGGCUGCAGCAACAACACGGGACGCCUGGAGUUCAACCCGGUCCGGGUGCGCACCCACUUCCUGCACACCAUCAUGAAGCUGGAGCUGGAGAAGAGCCGCGAGCAGCAGCAGCAGCAGCAACAGCAGCAGCCGGAGCAGCAGCUUGUAACCAAUGGCAACGGUUACCAUGGCGACUCCUCCUUGGUCCAGCAGCAGCAGCAGCAGCCGAACCUGCAGUUCCCAUUGAUGAGUGGUGCGCCGCCGCACAUUCCCAUCAUGCACCUCCAGAACACAGGCGAUUCACGUCUAGAUGAAGAGGAGGAAGAGGAGGAAGAAGAGGAGGAGGACGAUGAUGAGGAGGAUGAUGAAGCGUAUGAGGAAGAUGAGGAUGGCAGCAGUGUUUGCAGCGGGCUGUCGGACUGCAGCACACACAGCUUGGACACAAUGGACCCCGAGGAGCAGGAAGAAGAUGAAGAGGACGAGGAGGAUGAAGAGGAUGAUGAUGGGGAGGAAGAUGAUGAAGAGGAGGAAGAUUGGGAUUGCUCGUUGCACGGAACGGGUCCGCCGCCCUACUCGGUUCCACUUCCCUCUGUGCUGAGUUACUCUAACAACACUCUCAUGAGCCUCAGUAACCCGUUCCACAACAAUCCCCCCAUGCAGCACUAUCAACCAGACGCCGUCGCCCCCACGCUCCCCACAGUAGAGACCGCAUUAGAGUCGGAAAUAAACCCCAAACUCCACCGCCAAACAGAGCAGCAGAGCCGCUUCCCCGGCCCCACACAGUCCCUGACGCUCCAAACUCGCUCACAUGUGGUCACCCGUGAGAGCGACGCUGCCCCCGCCGGUGCAGCCGACGAACAGCCGCUCACGACAGACCUCCAGAACAAUCCAGACCACCAUGACUCACAGACUGAGGCUUCAGAGGAGAAAAUAAUGGAGCCGAUAAAAGAGCAACCAGGACUGCAAAAGCAGGCAGACGCCGGUCAAAUCACAAACACGUCACGCUCAGAGAUGCUUUAGAGAGGAGAUCAUUUGGAAAAUCUUUAUUCAAGAAUUGUGCCCUUCAACCAUCAGUUUGAUUUAUUCUUGAUAAGUGCACUUCCAAAGAGUGUAUGAAUGCAGAUUUUGACACUCAGAGAGCUGAUUUUAACUCAAUUUGUCUCUAAACCUUUCUAAGAUUGUAGGUUUAGACUGUUAAAUAAAAUAUAAAAUGGUCAUUUCCAAGCUCAAUAUAACUAGGGAUGCACCGAACCGACUUUUUCAGUCCCGAUAGCGAUCACCUGGGCUUUCGGUAUUGGUUGAUACCGAGUGCCAAUCCAAUACCAGUGUUUAAUUAAUAAGCCGUAUGCUUCACUUUGUGGAAGUGACUGGGAUCACUCUUCUAUGUGUAAGGCCUGACUUAAAAAUCGCUUUCCUAACUUCCAUACAUCAAUCCAUUAUCUGUAACCGCUUAUCCUAUUCAGGGUCGCAGGGGAGCUGGAGCCGAUCCUAGCUGACAUUGAGCGAAGGCGGGGUACACCCUGGAUGGGU